AUGCUAAGGACUGGAAUGGAUCAACUACGUAAUGAGUUUCGCCAGCAACCAAGCCAAAUCCUUCCAAGUGUCGAACACCCUCAAUUACAGCGAGCCACUCAGCCAGUCACCCGGCCAGCGGCUCAGUCAACACUACCUAUUCUAUCAGAUCAGCCAAUCACUCAGUCAAAGCAAGAGGAGGAAACAUUGCAGCAGGCAAAUGCGGAGAACACUGCGGAGAAAUCAAGCGGCAACAAGGCCACCUUCGUCAAGAACACGGCUCAGCUCUCCGAGAUCCCACGUCAUAUGCUCUCCACGACCCCACGUCAAGUCACCACUCAGCAAGCGGAGAACGACACUACAAUUUGGCCUGCUAUCUCUGCAUACCUAGGCAAUAUCACAUUGUGGUACAUCACUGCAAUGACUACACAAGAGGAGGACCUACUACGUCGAUCGCAGCCAAGUCAUGAUAGCCAAUUGGGCCACUGCAGGAGGAAGAUCGGCUUCGCUGCGGCAGGAGAACUCGUGGGAUUCACACUACUAAUUGGCCCGGCAUCUCCAUUCCUUUCCGACAUUCAAAAAAUCAUGUAUGUAUACUUCUUGCCAUGA